AGCUGGGGUUAAUCACACGGCAACACCCUCCAGGAACACUGGCAGUUUCUCUGAGAACUUCUGUUCAUCUUGACUAAAGAAUUACCAUGUUGUGAAAGAAAGGGCCACAACGCCACUCGCCCACUCUCUAUUUGAGGUUCACACGAUGGAGGAGAUCGAGUUUGAUCCCCUUGUCCACUUGAGGGACGAUGGCUUACAGUUAAGCUACGAGUUCCCGUAUCGCGUCUACGAUGCCAAAGUCUACCCUAUCCAAGCUCCCAACGGUUCUACCGUAAUAAUAUACGGACAUGAAAAUGGAGUACGCAUUCUAUGGAGAGGAGGCAGACGCAUCAAACCCCAUGAAGGAAAUGGCGAGGAUGCCAAAAAAGAGGAGUCUAAGGCGAAAGCCGGCAAUGAUGAUGUUAUUAUGAUAAUAGACUCGGACGAAGAAGACGAUCCUCCCGCUCAGCAGAAGGAGGCCGUUCCCACCGUCCAGUACGAGGAGGAAGAAGACGAAAUUGAUCCUAGACGGCCGUUCCAAAGCAUCAUCGAGUCAUUUAACAUACACUUGGGAGUGAAGGUCAGGAAGGUGUCCAUUCCGAGCAUUCUUCCCGACGCCAUGCGGCCAGUGGAUUCGGUGCCACCGGUCUUGACGAGUAUGAUAGUUUUUACUGCAGCCUGCGCGGAUUCUUCUAUUCGACUCAUUGCCGCGCCUCUUGCACUUCCUCCCGCCGACGGUCCCUAUCUCUGGGACUUCCAGACCCUCACAAUUCCAGCACAACACGUCCAGGUUGAUCCUGCCAUUAUCACCAUGACUUUGACCUGCGAAAAACCUGAUAUCCCUGCCGAGACACAGAGUAGGGCUCGCGGUAAACAGAGCACUCCAUCCAAACCACCUGGGACCUGGAAACUACUCCUGGCUAUCCAUUCUAUGGAAGCUUCCGGGAAACUGUCAAUCUAUCAGAUCGCGAUUGACAAGCAGCCAAUCCAGGCACCAUACCCAUAUAAGCUUUCAGCAGACGAUCUCGUCCCAGUUCAGCAGAUGUAUCUUAAGUCGCCCGCGAAGUCCAUCUCGUUUCACCCAAGCCAGCACCCUUCCGACCACCACACGCAUUUGCUCGUCGCCUUUGAAAAUGGGAAGUUGGACCUCUACCAGCUUUUCCCCCCCGCGUCACGAGCAUCGACUUUGUCGGAAAGGCGGAGGCCCACAGCGGCUACACGGCCAAAGCAAGCCCAUGCGAAAUGCUUUUUCACGUUAUAUACUAACUUUGACGAAUCAUCGGCAAACCUUAUGGACCGAAAGAGAAUAGUUGACGCGAAAUGGGUUCUUGGCGGCAGAGCCAUCAUGGUCUUGACAACCGACGGUGAAUGGGGACUAUGGGAUAUGGAAAUGUCUGGUCCCGAUCGGCAGAAUCCAACCACAGCGACCACCUUUUCUGCCUACCAACUAACCACCUUUGCAUUAAGAGGCCGAGUCACAUCGCCCGAAGUGUCAUCCAGAUCCCACCCUACGAACUCCACGUCGACCGCCGGACAAAACAAAACUAAAUUCGCACCUAUGACUCCUUCCACGCGUCGCAUUCGUGAGGAAGUCCUCUUUAAAGGCACCCCUCAACGCCCUGCUGUUUCUAGCCACUCCUACAGGGGUGCUAUAUCCGUCAUUCCGGUCAGCCGUGGUUGGGAUAAGCUUGGGGAUGAAUCAAUACUAAUAUGGCACGGAGACAAGAACGUGCAAAUUCCUAGUUUAAUAACCCUCUGGAAGAGCAGCGUCCAGCCAUCGGACGUCGUUCUCGAAUCAUCCAACAAGUACAAACCUGCCAUAAUCCAGGAUAUCAAGCUGCUUGGAGAGAUGGAGAAUGGAAUUUGUUAUAUCCCAUCUCACUUCCGAUCGGCCGCCACAAAGGACCCACGAUUGGAGAUCUUGAUCACAGCUGAGACCCGCCUUCUCAUCCUAGCCUCUAAACUUCAAGCACCAGAAGACGCGAAAGAGGACGAGGAGAUGCAAGACCAAAAUGUUGCCAACGAACAUGACCAGAUGAUGUUGCAACGAGGAGAAUUAGACCUGGACGGAAUGGAUCGCGUAUUGGCAAACAUGGCGAAUAAUACACCAGGAACACGACCAAAUCUCUUACGAAGUUCGCAAAAUGCCUUCUUUGCCUGAAAAUGAGUUUCACCGGAGUUCGUGGAGCUAUGGGUUGGAACUUGUGUAAUGGUGGUCUUCUUGUGCACCAAACUCCUACUAAUGACGAAUUUCGUUAGAAUUCAACCGGAUAUGACUUUUGUCCUUUGUCAUUUUCAUACCAUAACCCAACCUAUCUCCCAGUCCUUGGAGAAUGAAAUUAAAAUAUAAAAAAUAACCAUCAAUGCCUUACUGACAAAACUACAAUCCCAGAUCCCUCCCAAAGUCCAACCCACCGACGUUACCAUCUUCCUCGUGCCAUCUAACAAAAACAAUAAAAAUAAAAAAGGAAAUUCUUCGUUCGCGACGCAAGGUGGAGCACAAGGCGAGCUUCAAUGCCUUGAAAAUUCACCCCUCCUCCGCCCCAACCGACGCCACGGCGUCAGUAAGUUGCGGGAAGACGAGUGGGGAAUUAAGCUCUGUAUUCGACGCGAUACAUCAAAAACAACCACCACGCCGCGUCCUUACUUGGUCUGCGGUGUGGUUUUUCUUCGCCCUGUCUUCCACGCUCUCCGAUGUCAGUCGCGAAAAAGGUUUGGAAGGCGGAGUUGGAGGGAGACGGAGCCGGCCCCCCCGCUCUUUUUACCUUGAGCUGUGUGAGGCUGGCUUCUAAUUCACUUCCUUUUUGACAGGUUGGGCGA